CAACCCGGCCCCCACCUUUUCUUGGGCUCUUAGGAAGGUGGACAUGGGCUCCCAGAGACAAGGCCAGUGACAUGGUGAGCUGUCCCAUGUGCUGCUCCCAGUGUGACUUGGGUCUGGUGUUUACCAGCGUUUAGCCAGGGCCAGGCGAGCAGGCACAGAUGCUCUGCUGUGCAAUGCCACGCAGGCAAAGACUGACAGGCGGCAGGAGCUGAGCUUCCCCCUUGGACUGACUGCUGUUUCCCGCUGUGUUCGGGGGAAGGGGUGCUUUCUGGCAACUCUGCUGCUGCUGCUGCUGCUAUUGCUGCUGCUGCUGCUUCAGCUCUGUCUCCAUCCAGGUAAGCAAGCUCAAAGAGAGGGCAGGCUACAAGGGAAGCCUUUGUACCAUGAACAAGAUCCGAAAGUUUUUCCGAGGAAGUGGGCGAGUCUUGGCAUUUAUAUUUGUGGCUUCUGUCAUCUGGCUGCUCUUUGACAUGGCAGCUCUCCGCCUCUCAUUCAGUGAGAUCAACACUCAGAUCCUCAAGGAAGACAUCGUGCGGAGGGAGCAGAUAGGAUUCAGACUUCAGGCAGACAAAGUGAAGAUCCUUUCCAGUAGUAUCAAACAGAUGAGGCCUUCCCCUUGGGGACAUAGGAAGAGGGUGUGGGGUAAAGAGAACUUUAGGAUUGAGGAGGGUGUGCUUGGGAUAGGGGAUGAUUUGGAUCAAGCCCAGAGGGAAAGAAAAAUGCAGAACACCCUGGUAAGGGACAAAGUUUUGCCUUUGUGGCAUCCUGCACAUCUGCAGACUCCCCCUGGGACUCUGACCAAGCACAAGACAGAGGUGAAAGACAGCAGACUGAAAGCCUUCUCUCUACGGAUGACACCAAAGCAAACAACAGUCCAGGGAACUCAGAAAAGCCCAUUUAUAGCACCAAGAAGAACUACACUGGUCAAAAAAUCAGGAUACACAGGACUGGGUGGUACAAAGCAAGAGGCUCUGAAGACUUAUAAUCUCAGCAGUGACACAUCAAAACAAGCAGCUGAGAGGGAUCUCAAUGUGACCAUCGAUCUUAGAACUGACAAAGCAAAGCAGCAGUUACAAGCAGUAGCAAAUAAGAGGACACACCCUGCCAGCCCACCAGUGCCAAACUCAGGGGAAGCUAUAGCCUUAAAUAAAACUGCUACUCAGAGCAAAGAACUGCAUGUAAAUAAACACAAGGUCCAUAAGGUUCCUCCUUUUUUCAAGUUCACUGCUGACUCAGAUGGCUUAAGGAAGCUGUCUAUGAACAAGACACAGUUGAAAGGCCUGCCAAAGGAUGACAGAGCCAAAGCAACUCUUAAGAAGAAACUCAAUUUCUCUGAAAGCCAUGUUGUGAUUAUAACCAAGGAGGAGAAGCUAAAGACAGACACCAAAGAGAUUUUCAAUUCUAAAAUCAAAACUAUAUUUCCUGAAAUAUUGGAUAAAAGCCAAGAAAAACCUAUUUCCAGGAUGAGAAGUGAGGCAUCUUUCCCCUCACCCACUUUACAGAAAACAAUAGUGUCUCAAACCAGACAUGAACUAGAUGGGGGCCUUAGGCCAGCAAGAAUCAAUUUAACUGCCAAGGCCCAGCCUGUAGGACACAAACAAAGUCACACAGAAGUCCUUUUACCUGAAGACCACGGAAUGCACCAGGUGUUAAGAAUAGAUGUGACCCUUUCUCCAAGGGACCCCAAAGCUCCAGGUCAGUUUGGACAUCCUGUGGUUGUUCCCCCUGGAAAGGAGAAGGAGGCAAAAAGAAGAUGGAAAGAAGGAAACUUCAAUGUCUACCUUAGCGAUUUGAUUCCAGUGGAUAGAGCCAUUGAAGACACAAGGCCUGCUGGGUGUGCAGAGCAGCUAGUUCACAAUGAGCUCCCAACCACCAGUAUCAUCAUGUGCUUUGUAGAUGAGGUGUGGUCCACUCUCCUGAGGUCUGUUCACAGUGUUCUCAAUCGCUCCCCCCUACACCUCAUCAAGGAGAUUCUGCUGGUAGAUGAUUUCAGCACCAAAGACUACUUAAAAGAUAAUUUGGACAAAUAUAUGUCUCAGUUUCCAAAAGUUCGGAUUCUGCGCCUUAAAGAGAGACAUGGUUUAAUAAGGGCAAGGCUGGCAGGAGCACAGAACGCAACAGGUGAUGUGUUGACAUUCCUAGAUUCUCACGUGGAAUGUAACAUUGGUUGGUUAGAACCUCUUCUGGAAAGAGUUUAUUUAAGCAGAAAGAAAGUGGCCUGUCCAGUAAUUGAAGUCAUCAAUGACAAGGAUAUGAGUUACAUGACAGUGGACAACUUUCAAAGAGGCGUCUUUGUGUGGCCCAUGAACUUUGGUUGGAGAACAAUUCCUCCAGAUGUUGUUGCAAAAAACAGAAUUAAAGAAACUGAUAUAAUAAGGUGCCCUGUAAUGGCCGGUGGAUUAUUUUCUAUUGAUAAAAAUUACUUUUUUGAACUUGGAACCUAUGAUCCUGGCCUUGAUGUUUGGGGCGGAGAAAAUAUGGAGCUUUCAUUCAAGGUGUGGAUGUGUGGUGGUGAAAUUGAGAUCAUCCCCUGCUCCCGAGUGGGCCACAUCUUCAGGAGUGACAAUCCAUAUUCCUUCCCCAAAGAUCGCAUGAAGACAGUGGAACGGAACCUGGUGCGGGUUGCUGAGGUCUGGCUGGAUGAGUACAAAGAGUUGUUCUACGGCCACGGGGCCCAUCUCAUAGACCAGGGACUGGAGGCCGGCAACCUCACCCAGCAAAAGGAGCUUCGGAAGAAACUGAAGUGUAAAAGUUUCCAGUGGUACUUGGAGAAUGUCUUUCCUGACUUAAAAGCUCCCAUAGUGAGAGCUAGUGGUGUGCUUAUUAAUGUAGCCUUGGGUAAAUGCAUUUCCAUUGAAAACACCACAGCCAUUCUCGAAGACUGUGAGGGGCACAGCAAGCUUCAACAAUUUAAUUAUACCUGGUUAAGACUUAUUAAACAUGAAGAAUGGUGUUUAGCCCCCAGCCCUGAUAAAGGAUCCCUGGAGCUCUGUACUUGUGAUAACAGAAACAAAGGGCUGAAAUGGUCGCAUAAAUCAACAUCAGUUUUCCACCCAGACCUGGUAAAUCACAUUGUUUCUGAAAACUCGCAUCAGUUGUUAUGCUUGGAAGGAAACUUUUCUCAGAAGACAGUGAAAGUAGCUGCUUGUAACUCCAUGAAGCCACAUCAGAAGUGGAAAUUUGAAAAGUACUAUGAAGACUGAAGAGGAGCCAAUAUUUUUAUCUAGAAAACUCAUUGGAUGCUAUGAAAAUAACAGUGAACUUGGUGGCUGUAUUUCUGUGUCAUUUACAUUUUGAAUUCUAAUAGCAUUUGAAUGGAGAAUCUUUACAAGUCACAAUAUUUGAGAUACCAAAAGAUUUCUCAGGGAAACAGUCCCCCAUUGAGCUAGAGUCAUUUUCAGCCCUGAGUGACCUUUGGAAUUCCCUGCUUCCUGCCCUGUCCUGGAAUCAUCCUGCAAGUUUCUUCCAAGAAUCUCACAGGUAACUGGAAAUGAAGACAUGUGGAGAAGCACGGUGAUACGAUGGUAGUGUUUCAUAAUAACUAGCUCUUUUGGCCUACAAGAAGAGGAAUAAGCAAUGAGAACCUGUCCUUCAUUGUCUAAUUUUUCAUCAAACAGAAGGUGCUAGAAUUCUUAUAGCUACAAGAUCUUAGACAGAUGCAUGAAGCUACCACCCUGUUGAGACCUCUCCAGACUAAUGCAUGUUUAAUGAACAGUUUGAAAUAGUAUUGAUCAAUUAUUGAUAACCUUACCUAAUAGCAAAUAAUAAUUUUGACGUAGAUUACCAUAUAAUUUUUUUUCUCAUUCUGAGUCAGUGGAGACAAUUUUAAGUGAGAAAUAAGAGGCCUCUAAAUACUCAUUUAAUUAUAGGUAUAGACAAUGUUUUAGCUCAUUUUUAAAUCUGUACUUAAAAAAUUGGUCACACCCAUAACUUCUAAUUUCUUUUCUUUUUGAAGAGGCUGGGUCACAACACACUGUUAUCACCAAAAAUGCAUUUAAUUAUCGAACAUACUAUAAUGUAGGACCAUAUGAGAGGAGUUGGAAAAAAAUAGAAACAGAGCACUAAGAAAUGUUAGGUUUUUUUACAUGAAAGUAGUAAAAUAUUACUUCCCUGUGAUGAAGUAUGCUAAAAAUGGACUCUAAAAAUUUGCAAAGUAGAAAUAAAAGAAACAUAAUAAAAGAGAAAGAAAAGGAGAUAAACGACUCUUAGGAGAAGCACUAAGAGAAAAUUUCCCUAGACUUGGCCAAAGAAGGAGGACUUGAUCCUUCAAAUUGGGAGAAAAAGCAAAGCCCUAAAUAUGAACCCAAUGUUAACAUAACAAAUCUGUGGGAAAGUCAACUACUUCCUUGCUAUAAAUUGAGCUGUCAUCUUAAAUAUACCUAUACCAAUAUUUAGCAUGCCAGAAAAAAUCUUAGAAAUCAGAAUAUCCUUUACAGUCAUUGUGGUAAGAAAAUUGGUACUCAAAGACAAAUUACUUGUCUAAAAAUCACAAGCCAAUUAGUGGUAGGAUCAGUAUCUUCUACAGUUUCACUCCACUGGCCUCAACAAACCAGUUGAACAGCAGUCCUUAGAAAGAGAUACAUAAACCUGAGGUUUUCUGGGGUUGAAUGCCUGCAGAAUGGCCAUGCUGAUUUGUGCUAGUAUUUUUAAUUUUUUUCUCAAAUCUUUGUUCAGUUGAGAUGAUGCUAAAACUGAGCAUUUUUAGUUCUUACUUCCUAUUUAACACUUGAUUUUAAUUUCCAACUAAUUACAAAAAAGCAGAGCUAUUAACUAAGAGUGGGAAGGAGGAACAUUUUUGAACAUUUGUGACAUAUUUAAAAUGUUUUAUUCAGAUAAUUUACAAUUGCAGAUGAGAUAAAAGAACAACUAGAAAGUGAUGUAAUUUCUUUCAAAACAGGCAUUUGGGGGUGGGGGAGGGACAAGUCCAUUGCCAAAGUACUAACUGAAUUACUGGCCACACUAGAUGCCUCAUAUAAUUCUUCAUGUAACUGAAAAUUUUUGAAAGCCUCUCCCCCAGCCUAUAGAACCUCUAUUUUAUCCAAAAACAGUUUCCACAAAGAAAAGUCAACCUUGUUCAGAAAAGGAUGAUUCAUACUUUGAAUACACCUACAGUGAGGUAUACCAGCUGAAGAAAGCUGAAUAUUUGUCUCAAAAGAAACUUCUCCAGUCUGCUUAGCAUAUGUUCCUACUGAUUUAACCUUGACAUGCUUAUUAUAUAAAACUAUAAUUGAGUUAUAUUGUCAAUAGCACAAAGGAUUGUUUUGGAACAUCAUAUUAUUUGUGCUUGAGGAGAAUAUUUCAUAUGUUUUUCAUAUACCAUAUAUUCGCUCAGUUCCUCUAAGAUGCAAAGAGCUAAUCACCAGUUAGGAAUCUGUGUGGGCCUUGCUUUGGCAGUAUUGAUUAAUUGUCAAAUCUACUACCUACAACUUUGAAAAAAGAAAACAGAAUUGUCUUCUAAAUUUUGUUUUUAGAAGACUGGAAUAAGCAUACAAAUGCUACUAUAGAUCUUCAAGGAUAAUAAUAAACCCUCAAAUGGGGCACAUGAGAGUCCUAGUCAGCCCUGAAUUCUCAAAGAAGGAGGCUAUGUUCUUGGAAUUGGCUUGAAUUGGCUUAGAUUAUUACCUUUAUUAGAAAAAAUAAAUGCCUGUACAUCUUAACUUGAACACUGGAUAAUAUUAACAGGACUUAUUUGAUCAAAAAAACUAGCUUACCAAACCAUCAAAAUGUUUCUGUGCCUUUCAGUGUACACAAUUCUUUUCUCUCUUCAACAGUUACCCAGUGCUUCCACCCUACUUGCCCAUGGCAUGACACAGCUGUUGUUGGUACAACCAUGUUUUAUCACCAGCAUCAAAUUUGCCCAGUUCUGCUUGCUGACAUUCAAUAAGCUGUCACUCACAGGGAUGCAAGGAACCACAUGCCAUGAUCACAAUGUAUCAUUAGCUUCACCACACUAAUUUGGAAAUAUUCUCUUAGACAUGAAACCAUCUUCCUUCUAGCACUGCCUAGGAGACUGCACAGAGGCAAGGAUACCAAUUGCUGUGUCCUGGAAUUCAAUAUUCUCAGUUGAUCCAGAUUUUUUCAUUAAGUUUAUUGGUUCAUUUGAUCCUGAUUUUUAAAACAGCUAAAAAUGAUUUUUAAGGAUCUCUUAUAAAGAGAAUAGGGCUGAAGCACACUAGAUAGCACCUUCCUUUUAUUUCAAACAUUUUUAAUUUAAGUUUCAUAUUCAGAACACAAGAAAGAAUACCUCAGCUGAAGGUCUCAAUAUCUUCUACAAAGAUAAGAAAAGGACAAGAGGUGAAGGUAAAAAAAGAGUACUCAUCACUGAGUACUCACUAUGUAAUAUGUACCUCCAGUGCUCCCUCCCACUGAGUGGUCCACAUUGAUGCAGUAAGUCACAUUCUCCCCUUAAAACAGAUAAGAAGAAUGAGUAGCCACUGCACUGAUGAAAGAAUUGGUCAUCCCACUAGUAAGAGGUAAAAUUCAGUUACUAUUCUAUCUUCUUCCCCCAAACAAAGUUUCUUUCCCUACCACAUAAUUAAAUAAAUAGACAAUCAAUGCAGGCAGGCCCAGUUAAAAUCCCCCUUGACUGUAGACUGUUGAUGUCUCAAAUAAAUGCAAUGAGGUGAGCUCAAACCAUUUUCCCCUUCUUCAUUGUUGAACAGACAGGAAAUGGAAGAUGGCUCUCUCUCUCUCUCUGUUAAGUAACUUAAGUGGAGGGAUAAGUGUCAUGGCUCCACAUGUCUUGCAUGGAUCUAUACCCUCAUCUAGUUAUUUUCCAUCUUCUCUACCACAUAUAAGAAACAGAAAUAAACAUGUAGAGUUCCUUUUCUGUGAAUAAUACCAGCUCCUUCUUCACUCAGUCUUUAAGCAAAGCUGAUAAAUUGCUCCAUUUGAACACAGACAAAGAUAUAAAAAUUGAAGAAUCCUUCAAUUUAAAAUUCUAACCAUGACUUUCAAACUCACUGUGUCAAUUGUUACUAUAGUGCUUUUGCAACAACUGUUGCAUGGGUUAUUCAAAAAUUGUUGCAAGCCAAAUUGCAUUAAAAUAAGAAAAGAAACACUAACCAAAGCUAUUGCAUAAGAAUAUUUAUUUAUUGACAAAUACUCCAUAGACAAGUUUGAAUGAGCCUUACAAAGUAUUUUAUUCCUCAAUGAGGGCAAAUGGCAUUUGAGGUUUGGUGGUGGUACCUGUGUCUCAAAGAGAAAAAAAUAAACAUCACACAAAAAGGAUUUAAUGUGUUUGUUUUCAACCUAAUGAAUCAAAUAACCAUCACUAUUUCAAUUAGGAUCCCUCUGCAAUUUUAUCUGAGUCUUUGCUUUGUAGAAACACAUGAAAAUUCUCAUUUUCCAGCACAUAAGCCAACUUCAAAUAUGCUGAGCUCCUAAUAAGGAAAAUUACCAUAAAAUUAGAAAUAAUUUCUUUGAAAACAGAGGUUUUAUAUAGUCAAAUAUAUUUCUAUUUUAUUAUUGAUUAAUAGAUAUUUGCCUAAAGAUAUUCACUAUAAAUAUCUAUAUGAAUAAAGCUUUUA